AUGCUUUUUAACGUUGCCUUCUUUUGCUCUGCAGCUCUGGCUGUUAGCGCCAGCAAUGAGUGGCGAGCGCCUACUGCGUCCGAUCGCCGAAGCCCUUGCCCCAUGGUUAACGCUGUCGCCAAUCACGGAUAUCUCCCUCGCGACGGCCUCCAUAUCUCGCUUGAAGAUCUGAUCGUCGCCUUCACCGACGCCAUCAACCUCGACCCAGCUGCGACAACCCUUGUUGGCACAAAGGCUCUUACCACUGGAAAUAACGGAACCUUCAACCUCGAUGACCUGAACAAGCAUGGAGUCAUCGAGCACGACGGCAGUCUGAGCCGCGCCGACAUCUUCUUCGGCGACAACCACAGCUUCAAUGAGACCAUCUGGGCCGCCACUGCCUCUCACUUCACCGAGCCAACCAUCUCAAUUGUGACCGCCGCCAAGGCUCGCAAGGAUCGCCUCAAGGCUGCUGAAGCUGCUAACCCAGAUUUCUCGCUGCCUGCCGAUCUCCAGCAGUUCAGCUUCAUCGAGACUGCACUUUACCUGUCUGUCUUUGGAAACUUGAACGAUGGAAAUGCCAAGACUGAAUGGGUCAAGACACUGUUCCAGGAGGAACGCCUACCUUUCGAGGAGGGAUUUAAGAGAUCUGACGACGUGAUCACUGCUGCUGGUAUCCUUGGUCUCGUUGCCAAGGUCGCUGUUGCUAGCAUCUAA